AGAGAUAUUUUCUAAGAUGAGGCUGCGUCAACAAUAGGCGCCUGCUCUUUGGCCAUGAUAAAGACUGCAUCCCGCUCGCGCAUAGACGAUGUCGUCGUCGAAGACCUCUGCGGCCUUUAAGGCUCCAAAGUACGAUCAACCGAUCAACUUCCAGGACCUCGCACGGGUUAAUAAAAGCUUUCGCGACUGUCUUGCAAGCAACCAUGGCGUACUCAACUUCAAGAAUGCGGAACACCUCCGAUGUUUAACGAAAGCUCUUCUACUUCGUGACUUCAAGCUGCAGUUGUAUCUACCGGAGAACAGACUUUGCCCGCCUGUGCCCAUCCGUUGGCUGUACGUGCAAUGGGUGCAGUCAUUGCUUGACAGUACAGCUCCCAAUGCUGUGCCUUCUGCCGGAAUCGUUGGUCUCGACAUCGGGGUUGGAGCCUCAUGCAUAUAUCCCCUCCUUGCAUGCGCCUCGAGUCCGAAGUGGUGCAUGUACGGAACCGAAAUUGACGACACAAACUAUCAGCAUGCCAUUCACAACGUGUCCGCCAACUUGCUUGACUCUAGAAUCAAUUUGCUGAAAACGGAUCCUCAAGGCCCGUUGAUUCCGCUUGAUGUACUCGGUGUUGAGAUGCUAGAUUUCACAAUGUGCAACCCGCCUUUCUUUGCGACAAGGGAAGAAGCGGACAGUACUUUCUUGAAGGGGCAACAGCCAUACGCAGCUUGCACGGGGGCCGAUGUGGAAAUGAUAACGGAGGGUGGGGAGGUAGCGUAUGUGAAGCGUAUCAUAGCCGAAUCUGUUCAGCUUAAGGAUAAAGUGCGAUGGUAUACCGUGCAGCUUGGAAAGCUGAGUUCGCUCCAGACUCUGGUUCCGGAAUUGAAGAAAUCCGGAUGCCACAAUUGGGCCGUCAGCGUGCUGCAACCUUCUGGCCACACGGUGCGGUGGGUUCUUGGGUGGAGUUGGAUGUCCUGGCGCGCUCCUGAUCAUGUGGGUCGACAUAAGAGCCUGGUUGGCACGCACUUGCAAAUGGAGCCAAAUGAGCUCGUCGUCUGCGAUGCGCUGGAUAAAGACGCUUUUUCGGUCAUAAUGGAAUUGCUUAAAGGCCUUCCCCUGAGCGUUGCGAUCAUCAAGGACUUCGACGACAAAAACGCUUCUAAUACACGGGCGAUCAGGAUAUGCACCAACUCAUCAGUCUGGUCUCGAAGUGAGCGAAGAAAAAGGCAGCGUGCCAAGCAGCUGGCGAAAGAAGAUGAAGAUGCCGCUCUCGAGAAUGAUGUCAUACAGAGAGAAGAAUUUACGACUUGGAUUACCAUCGAGAUCAAAAAAGCUUUCGAUAACGUUUCUGGAACAGCAAGCUCGGCAGUCAAAGCACGUUGGCUCAAAGGAGAUGAUCGUUCAAUGUUUGAAUCAUUUUGUGGCAUGUUGAAAACAAGAAUCAGUUCGAAGUGAAUUUAACGGUACAAGUUCAUUUUUCAAUUGCGGCAGCAAACGCUGUCACUGGCGUCAAACCAUCCUGAUAUUGCCGGAACAACUGCAUCCAGGGCUAAUUUGUUCAUAAUACAGGUCUCAUGACUUCCUCCAGCCAAUUGAUGC